ACAAUUUAUACAAGUCAUAUUUAUUUAUCCACUUAUCCGCAAAAACUACACCAACGUCUCCUCCGAGGCAGAAGGACUUGAAUGUCAUGAGUUCAUGUCUCACACAGAAUAUUUCUUUCUUUACAGCUCCAAAUAUAGCAGUCCUGCUCUUGUGGAGGGUGUGUGAUCAUGAUCCUGUGGCACAUAAGGACAUGGAGAUCUCAAUCUGCCAGGCUGUGGUCACUUAUGUGACCCUUCUGUGGUUUGUAAGAGUGACUGAUGGGAUGCCUGACCCUUCUCAGAGGGACCUGCUGAUGCGUCAGGAGGCGUCCAGACAGACAGGAGGCCAAGUGACACUGACAGUGGCCGAGCAGAAGCUGGACACUUACCUCCAUCAAUUAAAGGAGCAAGAGAUGUCUGCUGCACAGUUCCCCCCUGCUAUCCACUUCUUCAAAGCAAAGCCUCUCAUCCAGAAGAGUUCAGUCUUCAAACUGCUGCAGAAGAUGCCUAAAGGUGCAGCCCUCCACAUCCACAGCUCCACUCUGGUCAGUGUUGAAUGGCUGGUGAAAAACGUCACCUACAGGCCACACUGCUACAUCUGCUUCACAUGGGACAACUCUGUCCGCUUCAUGUUCUCUGACCACCAGCCCUUCCCACGAUGGGACUGCUUCUACUGGCAGCUGCUUGAGACCUUGAGAGCCAAAAUAGGAGACCCUACAGGCUUUGAUAACAGUUUAAUGCAGCACCUCACACUGUUCACCGAGGAUCCAGAUGGUGAAUACCCAAGCCAAGAUGUUGUGUGGGAGAAGUUUGAGAAAGCCUUCAUUGCAGCUGCAGGGCUAAUCACGCAUGCCCCUGUGCUGAGGGACUACUUCUAUAAAGGCCUAGGGGAGCUUCAGCAUGACAACAUCAUGUAUCUGGAACUUAGGAGCGGCCUCUCACGGACGUAUGAGCUUGAUGGAACCAUUCACGAUAAGGUCUGGACUCUGAAAACAUUUCAAGAAGUUACAAGGAAAUUUAUAGCAGAUCAUCCAGACUUUCUCGGGGCUCGUAUCAUCAUUUCUGUACACAGGGCUCUGGGUGUAUCUGAAGUCAAAGCAGCCGUGAAAGAAGCCAUUCAGCUGCAAAAGGACUUCCCAGAUGUUGUUGCAGGAUUUGACAUGGUCGGCAGGGAGGACAGUGGGAGGACUCUUUGGUACUUCAGGGAGGCACUUUCUCUGCCAGCUGAACUGGGUGUCACGCUGCCAUAUUUCUUUCACGCAGGGGAGACAGAUGAUGAAGGCACCAACGUAGAUCAAAACAUUCUUGACGCUCUUCUGUUCAACACCACACGCAUUGGGCAUGGCUAUGCUCUGGCACACCAUCCACUUGCUAAAGAGCUUUCUAGGAAAAGAAACGUGGCUGUGGAGCUGUGCCCCAUCUCAAACCAGGUGCUGAAGCUGGUAUCGGACCUUCGGAACCACCCUGCAGCCGUGCUGAUGUCUGAGGGCCACCCAAUGGUGAUCAGCUCCGAUGACCCGUCUCUGUUCGGCACCACAGGCCUCUCCUACGACUUCUAUCAAGCCUUUGUUGGCAUCGGAGGGUUAAAAGCAAACCUGGGCACUCUGAAAGAGCUGGCUGUUAACUCUAUCAGGUACAGCUCCCUGCCAGCUCAUCUGAAGGACAUGGGUCACGUCAGGUGGCAAAAAAAAUGGGACGCCUUCAUCUUGGAUCAUUCAUGACAGCUAAACCACAACGGAUCCUGAAUGAUUUUUGUAAUAGUGCUGAACUAAAGCAAGCAUCUACAGUAUAUAGGUCAUUAGCAGCCUUUAUGUAAAGAAUUCAAAUUCAAUGUAAGGUGUUUCAUUGGAACUACUGUAUCUUUGUAAAAGGAUAGGCUGAAAAGAGUUUAACAUACCCUGAGAUUUGAUAUAGGAAGAUAGAUAACUCUAGGUAUAUGUUAAAACUCUCAUACAAGUUUCUGAACUAUAUUUCUUUUCCUGGAAAAACUACAAAGGAACUUUAUAAUAAACUAGUCUGUUGAUGAGAAAA